CGACGCGAGUGCGCUGAGAAUCGGGGUGGAGUGUUAAAAAGGGAGCGUGUCUAGCGAGACUCGUGGCCCCGAAGAAGGGAAGCGAGGCGACGCGGACCCCUGCCCAACACCCAGAAGACGAGGGAGGAGGGCCGGGGCCGCUAGCAGCUGCUAGGCGCUUUUCGGUGACGCGGCCGCCACGCGCAGACGCGCUGAUGGACCGCGGCCUCCACGUCUCAGGUUCCGCAAAGGUCUGUGGGAGCGACCCGGGAGAAGGAGGGCCAAGAUGGCGGAAGCGGCGGAGUCUCCAGGAGACCCGGGGACAGCAACGCCCAGGCCCCUGUUUGCAGGCCUUUCAGAUAUAUCCAUCUCACAAGACAUCCCUGUGGAAGGAGAAAUCACCAUUCCCAUGAGAUCUCGCAUUCGGGAAUUUGACAGCUCCACAUUGAAUGAAUCUGUUCAGAAUACCAUUAUGCGUGAUCUAAAAGCUGUUGGGAAAAAAUUCAUGCAUGUUUUGUACCCAAGGAAAAGCAAUACUCUUUUGAGAGACUGGGAUUUAUGGGGCCCUUUGAUCCUUUGUGUGAUGCUUGCAUUAAUGCUUCAGAGAGGCUCUGUAGAUAGCGAAAAAGAUGGAGGGCCCCAGUUUGCAGAAGUGUUUGUCAUUGUCUGGUUUGGUGCAGUUACCAUCACCCUCAACUCAAAACUUCUUGGAGGAAACAUAUCUUUUUUUCAGAGCCUCUGUGUGCUGGGUUACUGUAUACUUCCUCUGACGGUGGCAAUGCUGGUUUGCCGGCUGGUACUUUUGGCCGAGCCAGGACCAAUAAACUUCAUGGUCCGGCUUUUUGUGGUGAUCGUGAUGUUUGCCUGGUCUAUAGUAGCCUCUACAGCUUUCCUUGCUGAUAGCCAGCCUCCAAACCGCAAAGCCCUUGCUGUUUAUCCUGUUUUCUUGUUUUACUUUGUCAUCAGUUGGAUGAUUCUCACCUUCACUCCUCAGUAAAUGGAAAUUAAAAACCAGAGAAUUCAAAGCUCAUUUCAAAGAUGCAA